AACAAAAGCGCAAUCUCGCACUAUUGGAAGUCUCACUGCGCCUCCACUCGAUCACCGUCGUCGUCGGCGACGACGAGAUGUCGGCACACUUUACUGCCUUCGCGCGACCUAACUUCUUUUGCAUGUCGUUCCACCCAUGGCGUUUUGACGGAGAGAGGUUUAGUCGCUCCAUCAUCAGGGCCUCCUCCCCCCCUUCCUCCGAUGUCGGUGAUUCAUACCUCCAUAUGUGGAAGAAGGCGGUGGAGCGCGAGCGGAAGUCCCAGGAAUUCAUCAAGCUCGCCGAAGGCUCUAAAGAGCCGCCUCAUGUGGUGGUGGAAAACAAAGAGACGGUGGAGCAGAAGACGGAGCUCUUCAACAAGAUCCUUGAGGUUCCCAAAGAGGAAAGAGAUCGCGUGCAGCGCUUGCAGGUCAUCGACCGCGCUUCUGCCGCCAUUUCGGCGGCUCGAGCCUUCCUGAGGGAUUCGCCUCCACCUAAGCUUCCCUCGGAUGAGCCACAUGGAUCGAAAUCCGAUGGUGGCUUAGGUCGUCGUGAAGUGGUGAGGGAAAUCGUAGUAUCAGUUCCUGAGAAUCAAGGAACUUCUGGGAGGGGAACUCCAGGUCCAGAUUUUUGGUCAUGGUCUCCCCCAGUUGAUAACAGAAGUCAAUUGAGUGAUAAUGCCACAAGCUUACAUCCAUCCUCACAAUUAAAUCCACCUCCAAAUGCAUCUUAUUCUGUCAUGGAAAUGGAGCUGUCUGCUGAUAUCUUGCCGCUUCCUUUUGAGAGUACUUUACUUGAGAACCAACACGUACCUCUGCUUCCACCUCUUCAAUCAGUUGUGGAGGUUGAAAAGGCAGAGACUGAAUCUUCCACUGAUUUAGCCAUGGAAGCUAAUCAAGAGAAGCUUGAGGUGGUCUUUUCAAGAAAUGCAGCAGAGGCCGCAGAAGCCCUUGGUAAGAGCAAUGACGGGGCAACCCAUGGAGUAAAUCUUGAUGGUUCUAAGUGGUGGAGGGAGUCAGGUGUGGAUCAAAGGGUAGAUGGAGUGGUUUGCAAGUGGACACUGAAUCGGGGAGUUAGUGCAGAUGGAACAGUUGAAUGGGAGGACAAAUAUUGGGAGGCCUCUGAUCAAUUUGACUAUAAGGAGCUUGGCUCGGAGAAAUCUGGACGUGAUGCCAAUGGAAAUGUUUGGCGUGAAUAUUGGAGAGAACUUAUGCGGCAGGACCUUAGUAGUGGCCUUACUAAUUUUGAGAAAACUGCCGACAAGUGGGGUAAGAAUGGAAAAGGUGAUGAAUGGCAAGAAAAAUGGUGGGAGCAUUAUGAUGAUUCUGGGCAAACUGAGAAAUGGGCACACAAAUGGUGCUGCAUUGAUCCCAAUACAAAUUUAGAGCCGGGCCAUGCACAUAUUUGGCAUGAGAGGUGGGGUGAGAAUUAUGAUGGCAAAGGAGGUAGUAUAAAGUACACCGACAAAUGGGCCGAGCGAUCGGAAGGCGAUGAUGGCUGGUCAAAAUGGGGAGACAAAUGGGACGAGCACUUCGAUCCUGACGGACACGGCGUAAAGCAAGGGGAGACAUGGUGGGAAGGAAGCAAUCGGGAUCGGUGGAACCGAACAUGGGGAGAGCAGCACAAUGGAACUGGUUGGGUGCACAAAUAUGGGAAGAGCAGCUCAGGUGAGCACUGGGAUACUCAUGUGCAGCAGGAUACAUGGUAUGAGAGAUACCCUCACUAUGGCUUCCACCAUUGCUUCGAGAACUCGCCGCAACUCCGAGCCGUUCGAAAGCCGCCUUUCCAGGCUUCUUAGGAGAACACUUUUGAUGUUUAAUCCUAUAUAUGGUUUAUAUGUGAUGGAUUCUCUCAUCAAAUUCUUGUUUAUUGUAGUUUUUGAAUAUUUUACAGUUGAUCUUAGCUUGUGAUCUAUUUUAGUCAUACUAAUUCUAUUCAAUAACUCUAUUUAAUGGUAUAAAUAUUUGAUUUCUACUGUAAAAAUUCUGUAAAAUUGGAUGGUUUAAAAGAGGUGUAGAAAUUGGCAGCAA